AUGACAAACAAUUUUCUUUCAAAAGAGAGAUAUGGCAUUUCUAUAUAUGAGAGAGGGCCCCACUUGAGAGUGUUCAGUUUUGCUUUUUCUCUUCAAUGCAAAGCACGUAGUAAAAAACGUUCCCAAAUGGAUUUCUACUACACGCCAGUCGGCAGUGGGUGUCGGACGAUUAUCAUGGUGGCCAAGGCUCUUGGAGUGGAACUUAACAGGAAGCCAAUAAGCUUAUCACAACAAGAUCAUCUAAAGCCAGAGUUCCUGAAGAUCAAUCCGCAGCACACCAUUCCUACACUGGUGGACAAUGGUUUUACCCUCUGGGAGUCGCGUGCCAUUGCCAUCUACCUGGUGGAGAAGUACGGCAAGGACGACUCGCUUUACCCCAAGGACCCCAAGCAGCAGGCUUUGAUCAAUCAGCGACUGUACUUCGAUCUAGGCUUGUACGACACCUUCGCCAAGUACUAUUACCCCAUAUUUCGCUCUGGCGAACCAGCCAACGCCGAAAACUUCAAGAAGAUCGAGUCGGCCUUCGAGUUCCUGAACACCUUUCUGGAGGGUCAGGAGUAUGUGGCGGGUGAUCAUCUAACUGUGGCUGAUAUUGCCAUCUUAUCCAGCGUCUCCACCUUUGAUAUUGUUGACUUUAAUAUAAGCAAGUACCCAAAUGUGGCCAGGUGGUAUGCUUAUGCCAAGAAGAUAACUCCCGGAUGGGAUGAGAAUUGGGAUGGCCUUCGGCAGCUUAAAUGUAUAUACGGAAUGGCGAUGGCCAUGCCUAAUCUGGAUCUCUACAACAUGUCCGGUUCGCCGAGCACUCGGGCCAUCAUUAUGACGGCCAAGGCAGUGGGAGUGGAACUGAACUCCAUCACCGUGAAUACCUUUGUGGGGGAGCAGCUGAAGCCGGAGUUCAUGAAGAUCAACCCACAGCACACCAUUCCUACUCUGGUGGACAAUGGAUUUGCCAUCUGGGAGUCGCGUGCUAUCGUGGUGUACCUAGUGGAGCAGUACGGCAAACCCGACUCCGCUCUCUACCCCAAGGAUCCCCAGAAGCGGGCUCUGAUCAACCAGAGGCUGUACUUUGACAUGGGCACCCUUUACGAUGCCUUUGGCAAGUACUUCUUCCCACUUCUGCGCACUGGUAAGCCGGGAACCCAGGAGAACUUGGACAAGCUCAACACAGCCUUUGGACUGCUCAACACCUUCCUGGAGGGUCGGGAUUAUGUGGCCGGCAGUGAACUUUCCGUGGCUGACAUCGUUAUUUUGGCCACCGUUUCCACCAUCGAAAUGGUUGAUUUCGAUUUGAAGAAAUUUCCCAACGUGGAAAGAUGGUAUAAAACUGCGCAGAAGGUGACUCCGGGUUGGGACGAAAAUUUGCUGAGAAUACAGGAAGCGAAAAAGUUUUUGGCCGCCAACUUAAUAGAGAAACUGCCUUAAAUUACAAAUGUAAUAUCUUUCUUCAAAAAUAUAUAAAAAUCGUGUCUUCAUAAAAAAGAAA